AUGGAUUGGUUUCAUUGCAAUCAGUGCUUUAUCCAGAAGGGAUCUGAUUUUUGUGUCACCAGCUGUGGACAUAUAUUUUGCAAAACAUGUGCUGGAACAGAUAAAUGUCCAUCUUGUGGAACAAGUAGUAAAUAUUUGCUUCUCAAUGAUAAUACCCCACCUGAAGAAAAAAAGUUUUUCAAAAGCCCUGUUGAAACUGCGCUCAAGUAUUUUGCCCAUAUUUCACAGGUGUGGACUUUCCAGAAAGGGCAGAUGGAGCUGUUGGUUUCUUUUUACAAGCACAAUGCUUCAAAGGCUAAGGUUGCCCUUCAAGAAGCUCAACAAAAGCUAGCUACCCAGGAAAAGGAGCUUCAGGCUCUGCAUAAGGAGAACAGUGAACUAAAGAAGACUCUCAGCAUUUUAAAGAAUUCUCCACACCAUCUCCAGGGUAGUAGAAACAGCACUCCAAAACCAAUUGCCAUCACACCUCCAUUACGGACAGUUACACCAAGGCCCAGUUUCCAGCACUCCAGUGAGGUGGUCAGCCGUUCUUCUUCUAUGGAUUCCAUCUCCUCCAUGGGAGGUAGCCACCUACCAAACUGGCAUCAUGGUACAGGAGCCACCACGAUGACUGAAGGAAGGACCACCCCAGCCAGCUCUCGAAAUGUUACUCCUUCUCCAGCUUCCAAUCAAAGUUUAUUCUACAGGCCAUCUUUCUCCUCUUCUCAUACUCCUGGCUUGAAUGACUUCACCCUUCAUCCCCCCAUGGUGAGACAAAGUCAGAGUGCUAACAACAGUGGGCAGCAUCAGGAAAUCCCAAACGUCAACCUCAGCAUUUUCAGCACUCAGAGAGAGACGGUCCCUCUGUUAGAACGUCGCAGCAUUGAAAUGCUACGCCCCAUACAGCUAAGAUUUACUCCCCACUCUAUACCAUCCUAUCAGAGCAGGCCCAACUCUGUCAGCAGAGUCCACCAACAAUAA